AUGAAGAGGAAUUGUUUUGUUAAUUUCACCAUUUUUGCCCUGUACUUGGUGACAAUUUGUCACAUAGUGAUUGGAAAGAACGAGUAUACAAAACUCUUCGAGAAGUGUACCAACGAAAAGAAUAGUUUUAAUUGUUUGAAGAGGCGUGCGUUAGAGAUAUUUGAUUCUGCCAUUGACGAUGAUUCGGUUUACGUCCUGAACGAUUUCAUCUCAAUCGGAAGAGAUCCUACAUCCUUGGCUAGGAGUAAUAAGGGUAUGAAGAUACAUAAUAUCACGGAAAAGAGUCUCGAUGAGCAGCUGGAUAAUAAAUUUCAUGAGUAUCUGUCAUCGAGGAAUAUACGCUUGACGAUACCUGGAAACACCUUUGAAGGUAGAAGAAAGAAAGAUAAAGGAUAUGGAGGAAUAUUGAUGGCUGGUUUAGCUAUGGCAGGAAUGUUAGCUCAGCUUGCUUAUGGAAAGAUCGCAUUCCUUGCUGGUACUGCAUUGUUAACUGCGAAAAUAGCAUUGGUUCUUAGUGCGAUAAUUGGUUUGAAGAAAUUAGUAUCGAGCGGAGGUAGUGGAGGACAUGAAGUGAUUUAUGCAACGGCUUCGGAACACCAUGGUGGUUAUGGCGGUGGUUACAGUGGUGGCUGGCAGAGAGCUCUGGAAGGAAUUCCUCCAAGUUGA